AAAAAUGGCGUCCUCUGCCUACUGUCUAUAAAUGUUGUUGUUAAAAAAGUAAAUAAAAAUGUUUUCGUACGUUAUUAACGUAUUAUUCAGUGUAAUUACUAUUCUAAUUACAUCAAAUACAUGCACAUCAGAACUCUCACAGUCCCUCUACCUCUUCAGUCCUGGCGAGGUUGAAUACACAGAAGUUAUAGUGAGGAGACUCCACGACAACCUGACGUUGGUCUGCGAGCUCCGCGGUGACAACUCCAAACGGGACUAUGUGUGGAAUUUCAUGCCUGGAAAUGUCACACAGGCUGGAAGCCCGCAGCCCCUCACCGCGGAGCCGGCGUCCGAGGCGCCCCACCGCAGCACCCUGGUCAAACACAACCUCACCGUGGCGGACAGCGGCCGGUACAUGUGCUCAUCGCCGCCCUUCAGCCAAACCAAGUAUAUACUGGUGCAAACUACGAUAGUGAAGCACUGCGCGCGCGGCGCGUUCUCGUGCGGCGCGCGCUGCGUGCUGCCCGCGUACGUGUGCGACGGCCGCCGCGACUGCCUCGCCGGCGAGGACGAGGCGCCGCGCCUGUGCCGCCACCAGCCCUGCAACGGCCCCGACAAGCUGAACUGCUCGAGCGGGCGCUGCGUGCCGGCGGCGGCGUGCUGUGCGCACGCGCAGGCCGCGCCCGCCACGUGCGCGCAGCCCGCCUGCUGCGACGAGCACUCGCGCUACUCGCGGCUGCAAGCGACGUUCGACGACUUCCCCUUGCCGCCGGAGGACAGGCACUCCCCAGACGACUACGGGUUCAUACAGUCCACCAUAUACACCGUCACGGCCUGCGCGCUGAUCUUCAUGAUAGCCGUGGUGCUGCUGGUGUCGGCCAUCUGCAAGAUGCACAUGAAGCGCGCCGCGCUGCGCGGGUACGCGGCCGCCGCCACGCUCUACCCGCCGUGUGCGCAGACUCACCGUUUCCCGCCGUGCUACGAGUCCUCCCGCCUGCUGGAUCAAGAAGGGAGACUGUCCACCCCGCUAGACUCGCCCACUAACCGAGCCAUGCAGUGCGCAGUGGAAGCCCCUAACUCCCCGGACGUGGGGUUCGGCCUGGGCAGACUCUCAGACAUAUUCUCAACGAGGUACAGGCAGGUGCCGACGCAGUGCUACGAUGUGGAAAUGCGCUCGCUGCCGCCCUCCCCGCGCCGCCCGGAGCCCCGCGGCCCCGCCGACUUCCACAGCAUGGCAACACCGGUGGAGUACUUCAGGCGGCGCGCGCUGGAGCGGCCGCGGCCCUACACGCUGCAGCUGGGCCGCUUCCAGCUCAGCCUGCCCAAGCUAGCCCGCGCCCCCCCCGCCCCCCCCGCCCCCCCCGGCCGCCCCGACACCCCCAACGUGGGCGAGCUGGACGUGGGGGACAUCGACUUCGUCCGGCUGAGCUCCAGCGACACCUACACCCUCAACGGCAGGACCAUCAGGCUGCUGGGCGCCGAUUUCGAGAACUACCCGGUGUUGCCAGAUGGCUCUGUUCAGCCGCCGACUUACACGGAAGCCGUUAGGUACAAACUGAUAGGACCGCCGCCCGAGUAUUUGAGUAGAGAUGGUCUGGAUGUACAGAACGUUAGCGUCGACGAGGAAGCGAGGAAUAAUGUGGAAAUGCCACCUAAUUAUGAGGAGUUGGGUGAUGCGGCCGUCGCCAGUGGUAGCGGAGUUGGUAACGGUACUAGUACCGCACCAGGUAUUCGACGUAUGGUGACUAGUGUCAGUGAGGAUUCUGUAAGUGAUUACGUCGUAAGUGCUGUACCUGGUACCGGUUCUAUACUUGUUGCGUCAGGUGAUAAUAAUAAUAUGACGCAGGCAACUACGACAGAUAGUGAUGAUAACAGCAAUAACUGUUACAAUACGUCGGUACCUGGUACGAGUAACGGUUGUAACGUUAACAAUAACGUUGUCGAGUCUAUGUCGAGCGUCAUAGACAAUCUGCCGGCCAUAGACAGUGAUGUUAACGCGAACGAAGCCGAAGCUUAAGUAAAUGUUAGUUUUGAUGUCUUGUCAGAUUGUGACAUUGUCAAAAGAUUAUUUUUUCAUUGGGUAUAUUAUGAUGUAUACGUAAUAAUCACGUCUUUAAUUAAUUUAAUUGUGAGGCGUGAUAUAAAAACAAAUUUGAAAAUAAAAUCAAUAUUUUAUUCAGAAAAUAGACCUUCGCAGUCGAUUUUCAUGUCAUUUACAUUUUAAUAAGUUAUAUUUAAGUUAUGUCUUAUAUAUCAGUAUUUGUUAAAAAAUUACAAACUACUAAAAUACAUAACCCUUUUAAAAAUGAAAAUGAAAGCUUUUCGAACCGUACACCCUCACCAAAAAAUCUUUUUGUCAAUUUGUCACAAUCUGACAGAAUGUCGUAUCCAAGUCUAGUGCCUUGAAUCUUUAGUUACCAUAAAUAUGUUAGGUGGGAAAUAUUAUAAAACACAAUUUUAUUAAGAAUUUCUCACAUUUCAUUAACAACGAUUAUCCGCUGCUUACAAAACACUUAAUUAAUUUUAAAUUCAGUAAUAGGAAAAAUUUUACUAAUAGACAUGUAGGGAGAAGGGUAUGCUUAGAUGGUUCGGUCAUGUGGAGAGGAUGAAUGAAAGCAGGUUGACUAAUCUUGAUCAAAUCGGGCAUCCUGGCGAAAGGUCAGGUCAAGAUUACCCAUUACUGAAGAGUUUGCAUGAAUAUGCUAAAUGUGGGAUUAAGAAUUAUGAUGAUAAUUUAAUGAGUAUUAGGUAAUGCAAUA